UUCAGCCUUCUGAACAUUCUGAGUAGUAUUCUAGGCCAAGACACUGUGUGCAGAGAAGAAGAAUACAACUUUUAUUGACGAUUUGGCACACACGCUCGCUUCUGCGAUAUACAGAGACAGCAAGCGUGUAUAUGGGCAAGAUCUAGCGAAACGUAUGACCGCUUAAGAUGCAUAAUGGGAUGACGUGGCUUGAUUUCUUUUCCAUGUCUUCAGUCUCUGAAUGAACGCCGCGGAAUUAGACGCGUUUCUGCACUCGCUCCGCGAUCUUCAAAGGAAAUUCAACCCAGCUCGAAGGGAUCAGUGAUUGUGAUUGAGUGUCUGUGAUCAUGAGGAGUUGCAUAAGUGCCGUUCAAUCGUGAUUCACCUCAUUAUCUGUGUUGUAUACUUUUCGCCACAAGAGACCACAGAGGUGGCUGAACUCAAUAUGAGGUUUAUAUCGCCUGAGGAUGAGUACGCAAAACACCGCGACCUCAAGAGAGAAGAUGUGAGAAAUAUUCUCGAGUGGCUCUGCCGUCAGCCACAUCUACCAAAUAUCACUGAAUCCGAGGCUAUUUUCUUUCUGUACGCUUGCUAUAACAGCAUCGAGCAGACAAAGAAGACGAUCGACAACUACUAUACUAUAAGAACACACACUGUGGACCUCUUUCGCAAUCGCGAUGUCUGCACCAAGGAGAUGUUGGACAUCUCAAAUGUCAUGCUCUUCACACCGCUGCUUAAUGAGCAUCCCCAAGGAUAUAAGGUCAUGUACUGCCGCCUCAUGGACCCCGAUGUCACAAAGUACAUUCACGUUGAUGCAGUUAAACUAUACAACUUCGUGUUCGACCAUUGGCUGUGGACUGAGGGAACUGCUCCUGGGCACGUCCUCAUUGUGGACAUGGAUAGCGCCUCGCUGGGUCACGCCACUCGUAUGAGCUUGUCUGUGGCCAAGAAGUAUUUGCACUUCCUCCAGGAGGCGAUCCCAGUGCGUCUCAAGGGUCUUCACGUGAUCAACACACUGUCCUUCAUUGACAAGAUCCUGGCCCUCGUGCGUCCCUUCGUGAAGAAGGAGCUCGUCAGUCUGGUGCACUUCCACACGGAUAUGGAGACAGUCUAUCCCAUGAUUCCGCAGAAAAUGUUCCCCAAGGAAUUUGGCGGGAAAGCUGACUCAAUACUGGAGUUGCACAAGAAAAUGAAGGAAAAACUGUUUGCCAAUCGUGACUUCUUCCUCCACGAGGAAAAUACGCGACUCGUGAAUGAAAAACUGCGGCCCAGCGGAAGAAAAAAUGCCCCCGCCGACGAGGCUUUUGGAUUCGAGGGCAGUUUUAAGCGAUUAAAUAUUGACUAGCAUGCGGCUCAGGAAGUGCCCGACCCAAAUUGGACCGAUUGUGAAGUCGCGUGGAAUAUCACGAGGUGGACGAAAUGUCCCCAAAAACACCACGAUCAGCGGCCCAGAACUAAAUUAUUUUUGAAUUAUUGUUUUUACGUUGUACACAAUGUAACACUUUUUUUGUUAUUACUUUCAAUUAUAUAUAAGCAUUUGUACGGGAUUCUAUCUAGUCAGUUUACUCGCUGCAAACUCGACAAGAGGAAAUCAUGAAGAGUCUCACGUUAGCUUUCAUUGCGAUCUGCAUGAUCGCCGUGCUGGUGCACUCGGCGGAAGGAAAUGAUCAUCGCGGUCGCCAGGGCGUAGAUGGAGUCCGUGCCAGGUCUCGUGGCUUCAACACCGAAGGUGGAGCUCCUCCGAGGGGCCCCCCUGGACACCCACCACCACCACCCGGCGCACCUGGCGCACCCGGUCAGCCCGGACAGCCCGGACAGCCGGGCCAGCCUCCAGCCAUGGCUCAGAGACCCGGAGGAGCAUCGGCAUCUGGAGAAAACAGCUCCGCAUAAGAGAUUGGCAUUCGAUGGCGCAUUGCAUCGUGAUACCAUGUCUGAUUAUCAAUGGAGUUUCCGCAAAUAAAUUGUGCAAUAUAGAAAA